AUUUUUUCCAUCAUGCUCUCUCAGAGUGUCUCGGUCUUGACAUGCGCGCUGCUCCUGCUGACGCUGUGUCCUGAUGCCCUGUCUCGUCGUGUUGGAUUUGGAGGCAUGGGUGGGCGCUGGGGUGGCGCAGGGAAAGCCGGAGGGGGCUGGGGAGGCGCUGGAGCUCAUAAAGGAGCUGGUGUUGGAGGCGGCCACCACUACAAAGCUCCGCACGUCCACAGUGGAAGUUCUUCCUCCUCGGGAUCAAACGCUGGGAAGAUAGCAGGAGCGGCGGCAGCUGGCGCUCUCGGAGGCAUGGUGAUCGGCCACGGGCUCAGCUCGAUGUCUCGACCCGGAUACGGUUACGGUCACGGGUGGCAGGGCGGGUAUGGCGGUUAUGGGCACGGCUACACGAGGUACGCCGGAGGACACGGGAACGGACACGUCGCAGACAGAGGGUUCAGGAACGAGACGGAUAUGGAGUACUACAUCGGAGCGGCCACCGGGGGGCACACUUCCAGCAGCGUGCUGCUGUUCGGCAGCACCGUGUCGUUCUUAAUGGCGUACUGGGUCUCGUAGAGGUGACCACUCAGACCCUGGAUCGUCCAAACUGACUGGGGAGGCGUCCCAAACACUUACGGGUUUUUAAAGCGGUGUAAAGUUUGCUAGUGCUGCUAACAAGUCGGAAGCGCUUAUAGUAAUCAGUUUAGC